UUGAAGAAAGGGAGGUGCCAACAUGAUUGCUGCGCAGACAGCGUAUAAAAGCCCUGGACUUUUCCCCAGCUGCUUGUCACGCUGACCUGCACCCUUUCUGACUGCCUGUGGGGUUUCUGUCAGCCGGUGUCGGAGGGGAACAAACUCUUUGGAGAAUAACACUUUCUUGUGGUCAUGCCAGAACCCACUAAGAAAGAGGAAAAUGAAGUGUCUGCCCCAGCCCCAGCCCCAGCCCCACCCCCAGAACCAAAUAAAGAGAAGGAGGCUGAAACCACACCAGCAAAAGAUGAAGAGGAAGCCUCCCCACCUAGCGCCCUGCCUCCAGGUUUGGGUAGUCGGGCCCUGGAAAGAAAAGAUUCAGAAUGGUCUCUAGGUGAAUCACCUGCUGGGGAGGAACAAGACAAGCAGAAUGCCAAUUCCCAGAUGUCCACUCUGUUCGUGGAAAAGCCUCAGACAGGAUCAGUGAAAGUUGGUGGAAAUAUCACCUUUAUAGCUAAAGUCAAGGCUGAAGAUCUUCUUAGAAAACCCACCAUCAAAUGGUUCAAAGGGAAAUGGAUGGACCUGGCCAGCAAAGCUGGGAAGCACCUCCAGCUGAAGGAAACCUUCGAAAGGCAAACUCGGAUAUACACAUUCGAGAUGCAGAUCAUCAAGGCCAAAGAGAACUAUGCAGGAAACUACAGGUGUGAGGUCAGCUAUAAGGAUAAGUUUGACAGCUGCACAUUCGAUCUUGAAGUACACGAAUCUACCGGGACUACUCCAAACAUUGACAUCAGAUCUGCUUUCAAGAGAAGUGGAGAAGGUCAAGAGGAUGCAGGGGAACUUGACUUUAGUGGUCUCCUGAAACGUAGGGAGGUGAAGCAGCAGGAGGAAGAACCCGAGGUAGACGUGUGGGAGCUGCUGAAGAACGCGAACCCCAACGAGUAUGAGAAGAUCGCCUUCCAGUACGGGAUCACCGACCUGCGUGGCAUGCUCAAGAGGCUCAAGCGCAUGCGCAGGGUGGAGAAGAAGAGCGCAGCUUUUGCAAAAAUUCUUGAUCCUGCCUAUCAAAUUGAUAAAGGAGGCAGAGUAAGGUUUGUUGUGGAACUGGCAGACCCAAAGUUGGAGGUGAAAUGGUAUAAAAAUGGUCAAGAAAUUCGACCCAGUACAAAAUACAUCUUUGAACAUAAAGGAUGUGAAAGAAUCAUGUUUAUCAAUAACUGUGCACUGACUGAUGAUUCAGAGUACUAUGUGACAGCUGGGGAUGAGAAGUGUUCCACCGAGCUCUUUGUGAGAGAGCCUCCAAUUAUGGUCACCAAACAGCUGGAAGAUACGAAUGCUUACUGUGGGGAAACAGUGGAAUUAGAAUGUGAGGUAUCUGAAGAUGAUGCCAAUGUGAAAUGGUUUAAGAAUGGUGAGGAGAUUAUCCCUGGUCCAAAAUCAAGAUACCGAAUUAAAGUUGAAGGCAAAAAACACAUUUUGGUCAUAGAAGGAGCAACGAAGGCUGACAGUGCAGAAUAUUCUGUAAUGACAACGGGAGGACAAUCGACUGCUAAGCUCAGUAUCGACUUGAAACCUCUAAAGGUUUUGACACCUCUGACUGACCAAACUGUACACCUUGGAAAAGAAAUCUGCUUGAAGUGUGAAGUCUCUGAAAACAUAACAGGAAAAUGGACUAAAAAUGGCCUACCUGUUCAGGAAAGUGACCGUCUAAAGGUUGUUCACAAGGGAAGAAUCCACAAGCUAGUGAUAGCCAAUGCUCUCACUGAGGAUGAAGGUGAAUAUGUAUUUACACCAGAUGCCUACUCUAUUACUUUGCCUGCCAAAGUUCAUGUUAUUGAUCCUCCUAAGAUCAUCCUGGAUGGUCUUGAUGCUGACAAUACAGUUACAGUAAUUGCAGGAAGCAAGCUUCGUCUUGAGAUUCCUGUCACUGGAGAGCCACCUCCCAAAGCCAUUUGGAGCCGAGCAGAUAAGGCUAUUGCGGAGGGCAGUGGCCGGAUAAGAGCAGAAUCUUACCCUGACAGCAGCACUCUGGUCAUUGAUGUUGCUGAAAGAGAUGACUCUGGUGUUUACCACAUAAAUCUGAAAAAUGAAGCUGGGGAAGCACAUGCAAGCAUCAAAAUUAAAGUUGUGGAUAUCCCUGAUCCUCCAGUGGCACCAAAUGUGACAGAGGUGGGAGAUGACUGGUGCAUCAUGAACUGGGAGCCUCCUGCCUAUGAUGGAGGGUCCCCAAUCUUAGGAUACUUUAUUGAGAGGAAGAAGAAACAAAGCUCCAGAUGGAUGAGGCUAAAUUUUGAUCUCUGCAAAGAAACAACUUUUGAGCCCAAGAAGAUGAUUGAAGGUGUGGCCUAUGAGGUCCGCAUCUUUGCAGUGAACGCCAUUGGCAUCUCCAAGCCCAGUAUGCCCUCCAAGCCUUUUGUUCCUUUGGCUGUAACUAGCCCUCCUACCCUUCUGACCGUUGACUCUGUAACUGACAACACUGUCACGAUGAAGUGGCGGCCCCCAGACCAGAUUGGUGCGGCGGGUUUAGAUGGCUAUGUGCUAGAGUAUUGCUUUGAAGGAACAGCAAAAUCUCCCAAUCUUACAUGUGAUGUGGCUGCUGAGCACGAACAUUUGUGUACAUCAGCAAAACAGUCUGAUGAAAAUGGGGAGGCUGCAUAUGAUCUACCAGCCGAAGAUUGGAUAGUUGCAAACACAGAUUUGAUUGACAAGACCAAGUUCACCAUCACAGGUCUGCCUACAGAUGCAAAGAUCUUUGUGCGUGUGAAGGCUGUGAACGCCGCAGGCGCCAGCGAGCCCAAGUACUACUCCCAGCCCAUUCUGGUGAAGGAAAUCAUAGAGCCUCCAAAGAUUCGCAUCCCAAGGCACCUGAAGCAGACUUAUAUCCGCAGAGUUGGUGAAGCUGUCAAUCUGGUUAUACCUUUCCAGGGAAAACCAAGACCAGAAGUAACUUGGAAGAAGGAUGGUGCAGAAAUUGAUAAGAAUCAAAUAAACAUUCGUAACUCUGAGACUGAUACAAUCAUAUUUAUCAGAAAAGCAGAGAGGAGCCACUCUGGGAAAUAUGAUCUGCAAGUCAAGGUGGACAAAUACGAGGAAACUGCAUCAAUCGAUAUACAGAUCGUUGACCGUCCAGGUCCACCUCAAAUGGUGAAGAUUGAGGAUGUCUGGGGAGAGAAUGUUGCUCUAUCAUGGACACCACCAAAGGAUGAUGGAAAUGCAGCCAUCACAGGGUACACAAUCCAGAAGGCUGACAAGAAGAGCAUGGAAUGGUUCACUGUCAUUGAGCAUUAUCACCGAACCAAUGCCACCAUUACUGAACUGGUCAUAGGAAAUGAGUAUUAUUUCCGGGUCUUUGCUGAAAAUAUGUGUGGCCUCAGUGAGGAUGCAACAAUGACUAAAGAGAGCGCUGUGAUUGCCAAGGAUGGUAAAAUCUACAAAAAUCCAGUGUAUGAAGAUUUCGAUUUCACAGAGGCACCCAUGUUUACUCAGCCUUUGGUUAACACCUAUGCUGUGGCUGGUUACAAUGCUACCCUGAACUGCAGUGUGAGAGGAAAUCCUAAGCCCAAAAUAACCUGGAUGAAAAACAAAGUUGCUAUUGUGGAUGACCCAAGGUACAGGAUGUUCAGCAACCAAGGGGUCUGUACUCUGGAGAUUCGCAAGCCCAGCCCCUAUGAUGGAGGCACUUACUGCUGCAAAGCAGUCAAUGACCUUGGGACUGUGGAGAUCGAAUGCAAAUUGGAGGUGAAAGGUGGCCUUUCCUUCUGCAGGCUCCUCUUGCAAGGUGUGCCUCCUAACAUAAUUGAUUCAUAUUUGCGAGACUUGCAAUCAAGCAAUCCCGAGGAAUACUAAGGGCAUGGGCCCUGCCUCCCUACACGCCACUGCUUUGAAAUCUGGUUGCAAUGAGAAAGCAUUUUCUGUUUUUCUACCAGGCACUCAAGUGUGGUCAUUUUCUUUCCUCCUGAUAUUGAAGAAAAAAAUGUUUGCACGGAUUGCUUAAUUAAAAAUUGCAUACAAAAUUUCA